UUGUUAUUAAGAAAUCGAAAUAAAUUCAUACAAAAUUUUUAAACAACAUGAACAUUCUGUUAAGGGUCAUUUGUUGCUUCCUCCUAAUCGAAGGCCUACAAUCUCAAGAGGAUCAGAUUCCUAAUGUAGAAGACAUUAUACGACCUUGGCCGGCUUGUGACGGUUUAGAGGGAGUAAUGUUACCUCAUCCUAACGAUUGCCGACGAUACUAUAUAUGCCAUUAUGGUCUUGCUAAAGUUCAAUGGUGUCCAGAUAAUUUACAUUGGAAUGCUUUAGCGAAUCGAUGCGAUAAUCCGGAAGUUGCAAACUGCGUAAAUAACAAUCACAAAAUUCAGGUCACAAAGGUCAGGAAAGUUUUGCAACCGCAUCCUUCGGUAAAUGAAGAAAAUCGUAUAAAAGAAAACGACUGCCAGCUAUGCAAUGAUUUGUGUGCACAGAGCAAUCAAAGGUAUCUACCGUAUCCUGGCGAUUGUCAUAAAUUUAUACAAUGCAAUGGGCAUAUAGGUUACAUUAACACCUGCCACGAUUUGUAUUGGAAUGCAAAAUUAACUGCUUGCUAUGGCUAUUGUGUACCAAAUUAAAUUAAAAUUAACGAUGAGAACAUUUUUUAAUUUAAUCCAUUAUAAUACUGAAAUAAUUAAAAUUAUAUUUUUUAUUCGUUUCACACUGCUGUUAAAGGAUAGAUUUGUGAUAAACUUAUCUAAUCGCUAUCUUA